CUCCUCUAUUUUUUCCCCAACUUACUUACUCACUCUCCUUUUUCUCGUCAAAAUUCCCAGAAAGAAUAUUUCCUCUUUUUUUUUUCUUCACUUUCUUCUUAAAUUAUUACAAUAUUAAAUUUCUAUCUAUAUAUAUAUUUCAAAAUAUUCAUCUCAGAUUAAUCUAACGACGACCAUCAAAUCUCAGAAACCAAACAGAAUAACGGAACCUAACCCUAACCCAAACGAUCAUUUCCCCUCCCCGUUCCUUCAUUUAUCCAUCUCUUUGUCGUUGUUGUCUCUCUCUCUCUCUCUCUCUCCCAUCAGAUCCAUAACUUUACAACCCUCUCCAUCUAGAUCUCGACUCACGCGCCUUCAACACUGGACCACGCGCCUGCAACCGCCUCUAUCAUGGUCGUUAGCGGAGGCAAGUCCCUGAAGCGCGUGAAGAAGAGAGUCACCGCCGAUCACCACGAUUUUUUUACGUUCCCCUCACCAACCCUCACCGCUUCGGAAAACUUCUCCAUCGGUCCAUUCCGCUCCAACAUCCGUUCGUUUCUCACGAAGUACGCGCUCCUCCCGCCGCCGUCGGCGCUGUUCCCACACCUCUUGACGUGGCAGAUCCUCUUCCGUGUAGGUGAGAUCACGGAAGGCUCUGAAUCUGGCCCGGCGGUGGUGUGCCUCGACGUCGUGGAAGAGGACGUGGCCAGAUCUAGAUCCGUUUACUGCGAUCAGUGCCGAGUUUUCGGUUGGAGCGGCAACCCAGUGUGCGGGAAACGCUACCAUUUUAUAAUCAAAGCUGAUGGGGGAUCAAUUGGUGGAUACCACAAACCGUGUAUGUGUUGUGGAGACAGUUUGCAUUUGUCAGAAUCCAAGUGUAAGUCAUGCAACCAUGUAACAACAAGUGAUGAUGUGGAAGAAUGGGUAUACCACCAACUAGAGAACACAAGUCAUCUUUUACAUGGUGUAGUCCAUGCAAAUGGUUAUGGGCACCUUCUCCGGGUCAAUGGCAGAGAAGGGGGAUCUAGAUUUCUUUCUGGUUGCCAUAUUAUGGAUUUCUGGGAUCGCCUAUGCAAGACACUUGGAGUUAGAAAAGUUAGUGUGAUGGACGUUUCAAAGAAAUAUGGGCUAGAGUAUCGCUUGCUCCAUGCCAUUAUGAAGAGACAUCCGUGGUAUGGUGAGUGGGGAUAUAAUUUUGGCUCUGGUAGCUAUUGUCUCACAAAGGAAGCAUAUAAGUCUGCUGUUGACAACCUAUCCAAUCUACCCCUGUCCAUCUUUCUCUCCCAGGAACAAAAGCCCCACUCACGUGUGCAGGAUAUGAUCUUGUAUUACCAGUCUUUGUCAGAGCACGAGCUUGUAAAUAUGAGGGACCUAUUUUGUUUUUUAAUGGGUUUGAUGCACGGUGCUCGCAAGAAUGCCUCUAAGUCUGAUGACAUAACCUGCAAGAAGCGUCGGUUUGAUGCUUCUGGAUUAUCAAGUUCUUGGGGGAAGAGUGACAUUGAACGUGUGGAGGAAGCCAUGCUCAGAGUGCUGCGUGCAGUGUCUGGGUCUAAUUGGGUGAGCCGCCGUGCUCUUAGGGGCGCUGUUUGCAAGGUGGCUUCUCCAGAGCUUCUUGAUUAUUGCCUUGCUGAACUAGGAGGGAAAGUGGUGUAUGGUGGUGUUGUUAACAGCAGAUGCAAUCCUCAAACUGGAGUUGAUGAAUUCAGAAUUGAUGCGACAAGCUUCGAUGGAUUUAUGGCCAGCAAUAAUUCUUCAGGCUCAAAGUUCCCAUCUGAAGAAAAUCUCCUGCAAUGCUUGAGAUAUUUAUACGAGUCAUUGCUUCAUCCUCGGAUGAUGCUAAACUAUGUUGAUGAAGAGACAAGAAUGCUUGCAAUGAGCUCAGCUCAGAAGCUUCUUGACUGCAAGCAAUUAAUAAAAGAUUAUUGUACUGAGAUGUUGCCAGUGUCAGAUUUGUAUAAGAUACGCAUCUCAUGUCAGGUUGAGCUAGUUGAUCAACCAGAAGAUCCCGCAGCUAGAACUCCUCCUGAAAUUGUUGUGCUGCCCACAAAUGCGACAGUAUCUGACCUUAAGAUUGAAGCAGCAAAUGUUUUUCAAGAUGUAUAUCUAAUGUUUAGAAGAUUUCAAGUUGACGAACUACUUGGCUACAGCGGUGUAGACGAUUCCACCCAGGUCAAGCACUUGUUAAAACCAAAUGAAGUGGUUUGUAUCCGAGGAAGAUGCUCCGGGAAGAAUGGGUUGAGCAAGUUUAGAAUGGAACGUGGACUUGAGAGGUGGACUGUGGAGUGCAGCUGUGGGGCUAAGGAUGAUGAUGGAGAGAGAAUGAUGGCUUGUGAUACAUGUGGAGUAUGGCGGCACACCAGGUGUUCUGGCAUUCCUGAUACUGCUCCUGUUCCAGCACGUUUUGUUUGCCAGAGAUGCCAAAAUUGUGACUCAAAACCUAUAUCUGUUGGACACUUAAAAGAUGAGACUGUGACUAGUGUUAGUACCUCUAGAAGUAGUUGCUUUGGCAAUGGUGUGCCAGUGCUUUCUGAUGUUCGUUAGGGCGUUGCUUAGUUGUGUAUAUAAAGCAUUGCUUUUUCUUUUAUUUUGCUUUGGCCUGAAAGAACCUGUAGAUAAAAUAUAGGCAUUGGUGGGACAUGUCAUGUCUUGUUCAUAUUUCAGGUUCUGCUUUUGUUUAUUUAUUUUGUAUAUACAACAAACAGGUGGAGGGAAGAAAAAAAUCUAACUUAAAUUGCUUUGAA